ACAAGUAAACCAGUGCGCAACAACAACAGAGACAAAGUCUACCGAAAGCGGUAGAAUGUACUGUGUACACGCGUGCUUCUGCACGUACAGAGUAAACCAGUCAAUUAAAAGGGAUUAGGCUACUGUAGUUGUAAGCUGUGUGUGUUGUAUAGGGCUAUAUGCUUUAUGGAGGUUUACGGCUUUAUGCUUAAAUAGAAUGAGUUAUGUAACAUACAUUGUAUUUAUUUAUUUAGUUGAUAGCAUUGUAUGUUUGAAAUAUUUUCGUCUAAAUGGAAUUGGCAAACAAUUUAUUCUCGGAUAUCGAAACUGACGGAAUGAAAGUGAACACAACAUCUGAACCAUCAGACAAACGAUGUGUUUAUAUUACACCAGGCCAAAAGGAAAGAGAAGAUUACCGAAUUACGACUUUCAAUAAAUUCCCUUCUAACAAACCUGUUGACAAAAUGAAAUUGUCUUCAAAUGGAUUUCUGUACACAGGGUUUAAAGACAGAGUAAAGUGUUUCAGGUGUGGGCAAUGUGUUGAAGGCUUAAAUGGCACAGAAAACAUGGGUUUACCUGGAUGGCAUAAACCAGAUUGUGAAUUCGCAAAUGGGACAGACACCACUAAUGUACCACUACUUCGCCAUAAAAUUCAACAAAAUCUGCCUAGUUUACAAAACGCCAGCUUUGUCCAAUCCAUUCCAAAUCAGGACCAAACAACAUUAUCAGCCGGAGAACUUUUAAAAUUCGGAAAUAUUGACCAAACGACAAACCAAGUAGUUACCCCAAGAAACCUACCAGUGCAACAAUCAUCAAAUCAAUUUGGGCAAAUGUACCAGACAGCUACUAUACACAAACCACAUCUCCAAGUGCCUUUCUCUGUUCUACAAUCUACCAGAGCAACAGAACCAGCUCCAAGGUGCGCAGAAAAUUCUCAAUUCCCCUGCAGUAACCCAAGAAACCCACACAUGAAGAGUGAAAGAGUAAGACUGCAGACUUUUAUGCAUAAUUUGGGAAAAUGGUCUUCUCAUGGAAUAGUUACCACACCAGAACAAAUGGCAGAUGCUGGUUUAUUUUACUUGGGUGACAGAGAUCGCACCAAAUGUUGGUAUUGUAACGGAGGUUUACAGAACUGGGAACCUAAUGAUGACCCCUGGUAUGAACAUGCAAAGUGGUUUCCUGAGUGUGAGUUCGUUUUACAGCAAAAAGGUGAACUUUAUGUGCACCGAAUAGCAAGGCAGUUUCCUAACCUCAACAGACCACGAAUUUCUAACCCUUACCAAUUGUUUGGUAGAAGCAACAAUGACGUACCACCACCUCAACCUCAACCACAAAGUCCUGGCCCUGUGAUUAUUGACCCACAAGAAGAACAAAGGAAAUUGAAAUCCAAAAUUGAUGAAGAAAUGGAAUCAUCUGCUGUAGUGGAUGGCGCAAAACAAAUGGGUUUUGAAGAGAAAGAAAUUAAGCGCGCAAUUACAAAAAAUAUGAAAGAAAAUGGAAAAUCUUUUUCCACAUUGCUCAGCCUAGUAGAUGCUAUACUGGCAGAUAACGGUGAUGAUAACACCUCAUCAGAAGAGCAAAGUGAGGCCCCCACAGCUCCAGAAACUACUUUAACAUUCAAUACUGAUCAGCAGUCAACUGCCAGCGAGUUACAGCGUUUAGAAAUGGCUCGAUUUUGUAAAAUUUGCCGGCAAAAAGAAGCAGUAGUCGUUUUGUUGCCGUGUGGGCAUUUAUCUUGCUGCGACACAUGCGGAAAAGAAAUUACAAAAUGUCCGGCAUGCAAAUUAGCUGUAACAGAUAAAGUGCAUUCAUUUAUUGCUUGAUUUUUUACACGCCACAUUUAUUCUGUACGUCUUUUAGCACUGCUCUUAUUGUGUGAUGUAUUAUCAUGUAGCUGUAUUAGGUAUGUCAUUAGUGUUACCUGGACUUAACAUUUUCUUCAAUUUUGUUGGCAACUACUUUUCCAAGUUAACACUGUUUAAAACGGUUAUAUUUCCGAUCUUUCUUUAGCGCUUAUUUCUUUUUCAUUUUUAAACAAAAUCAUGACAAUAAAAUUAUUUUACAUUAA